GCUAUUUGGCUCUUUUGUGUCUACCUUUGCAUAUUGCUUCGUUAACUAUCAAGAUCAUCACACUCCAAAUACCUCCAAAACCACUCAUUUCCGCGCCAUGCCUAAGGCUCGCCCUCUCUCUCUUCAGGUUUAUUCCAUAUAUAUAUAUGCAUUCAUCUUAAUUAUUUCUAUCUACAUGUUAUUAAUUAGUUUAUCAAUAAAAGGUUUACAUGCAUAGAAAUUCUUCGUGUUUAUGCUCCAUAUAUGUACUCCUAUGAUUAAUUAAUAUAAUAUAUAUGGCAUGUAGUUUAUGGUGAUGAUGCUACGUCUGCUUUUGUGUUUUAUUGAAGCCAUGCAUAUUAAGCUCAAUCCUUAUGCAUAUUAAUCAAUAAAACCAUUGGCGGAGCUACACUUAGAGGAGGUCGAUCAAUUUGUUUUUGGUAUACCUAAUAUAUAUAUAGUAUAUAAUUACAAAAGAAUUUAGUUUUUGUCCCACCAAAAUUUUGAAAAAAAAAAAGGGGCAAAGUAUUUUCCUUCUUAUCUUUAAGGGCUUGGCUCCGCCUCCGAAUAAAACCAUCAUCAGUCUUCACAUGUUUCUUUUUUCUUUAUCUUUUUUGAAAUUACACAUAUACGAACCUUUUUAAAUGACUCGAAUCCCGAUCUAUUAGCUUAAAGACAGUGGAGCUCAAAGUAAGGAUGUGUUGCAGUGGGUGCGAGAGAGUGGUGAAAGAGGCCAUUCACAAACUGAGAGGGGUGGACUCGGUAGAGGUGGAGUUGGAGAUGGAGAAGGUGACGGUGACGGGUUACGUUGAUCGGAAUAAGGUGCUGAAGGCGGUGAGAAGGGCAGGGAAGAGGGCGGAGUUCUGGCCCUAUCCUAACCCGCCGCUCUACUUCACCACCGCCAAUCACUAUUUCAAGGACACCACCACCGAGUAUAAGGAGAGCUAUAAUUACUGGCGUCACGGCUACAACAUGCCCGAUCGCCACGGCCAGCUCCCCGUCACCCACCGUGGCGAUGACAAAGUCAGCAACUUCUUCAACGACGACAAUGUUAAUGCUUGUCACAUUAUGUAAUCUACUAUAUUUGUUUCAUACUGAAUUAAAUCUUUUUUCUGAAUU